UUAUAGCCUGGUCUUACUUCCUUAAACAAUUUUUCAUAUUAAACAAUUUAUCUCUCUUCUGCGACCGUUUGUUAGUAGUUGUACAAAAUAUUGUUCAAAACUUAUAAAUUUUCUCUGACGUUGACUUUAAGUCUGAAGAUUAGAAGAGAUGGUUCAAGCUGCAUCGUCAACAACUGUUGGAGGGGGAAGUCGCUCUCCUUCUGGAAAAUCUGCAAGUCUCAAAUCAGGAAAUAGCGGAAGUGCAGUCAGAAACAGAAAAGCAACAUCUUCAACUGCAGUGAGGAGAUCAACUAGUGCAGGUGGCCCACAGAAUAUGUGGAGAUUUUAUACUGAAGAUUCUCCAGGAAUAAAAGUCGGUCCUGUUCCAGUUCUUGUAAUGAGUCUGCUUUUUAUUGCAUCAGUGUUUAUGCUUCACAUAUGGGGAAAAUAUACUCGUCAAUAGAAUGUCAAUAAUAAAAAAGAAACUUUAUUUGUAGCUAAAUCAAUAAUGAGAAUUUAAAAUGUUAAGCUGUUGUAAGACUAAUGAACCAAUUUUUCUAAUAAAUGAUCAAUUACAGAAUCUAUUCACAACUACGUUUAUACAAUCCAAAUAAAUUUUCUUGAUUUUCUAGAAAACAUGAAAAGUGUAUGUUUUUUAA